UAAACAUGAACAUAUUCAAUUCAUUUAGUGAAAGUUCACCUUUCCCUGAGUCUUCACAGCCUAAAAUGAAAGGUCCAGACCUUACUAUGAUUCCCGGAGGAUCUGCUUUUGAUGAAAAUAAAAUAGAUUUUAAUCUUAAUGGAGGACCAAAGUAUACAGAUGUUUUAGUUGCAUCUGCAAUGUUUAACGAUGGAGAUAGCAAAGGAUUUGCUUGUCCCCUAGUCUGUAAAUGGUUUUAUACUAUUAAAAAUAAUCAGCUUAAAGAGAUAGAGGGUGUCUGAGGAAGUUUCUAUCAGCCAAGCCUUGACGACAUUGGAGCGAAGAUUUGCGUUCAUGCACACCCAACAAAUGGAAUCGAUGAAUAUCAAGGAAUGCCAAUGUUUGCAGAGGUAGGACCCUUAACAAUGGAUGAUGGAAUUUUCAAGAAGGCUCAAGAAUAUAUUGAAAUGAAUGAGAACGAUAGAAAUUUCAGCAUAAGAAUCAAGCAAAGUAAUAUUGGAGCUCUGAAAGAUAAAUCUUUACCUUACAAUUGAUCGUUUAUAACAACAGACAUGAUGGUAGUAUUUAACUCAACUGUUGAAAAGCAGCAAUUCUUCAUGGUUCCUUUCUCUAAAAAGUUUCCAAAGCUAAGAAUAUUAAGAAAUGCUAAUAAUUUGAUUGAGAUGAAAGUAAAUGAAGAGGAGUACUUGAUUUUAGAAAUUGAGCCAAAUUUAAGAGACAUUCUUACUUUAGUAAUAAGAACUCUUCUUGCAAGGUGUCCAGUGGCUAGCUUUCCCCAUGAUUCUCAGAUGGAAUGUGAAGUAAUUGCAAGUGAAACUGAGGAGGUUUCAAAGAAGGAAGAAGAUUUAAAAUCUACAAAACCACAUAUUAAACCAGAAUGAAAAACCAACCUUGAGAUUUCUACUGAUCAAUCAGAAAAUAAUCAAAAAGAAAUUAUUACUGAAGUCGUUGAGGAAGUGAUUAACGAAGCCAUCAACACAAGUAAAGACUUCUCACAAAAAGAGAAUAGCAAUCCAUUAAAAGAAGAUCAGAAAGAGCUACAAGAUAAUACUCAGAAAGAAAUUAAGCCAAUAUUAAAAAGACAAAAGUUAACAACAGGAAAGAAGAAACCUAAAAAGAAAGAUGAAAACAAAAACAUUGAAGCAACAGUGAAUAACAAUCCGUUUAAAGAAUUCGUACAAAAUAGCAAUCAGGAACACAAUUUAUCUAUGAAUACCAAUUCAAAAGAACAAUUACCUGAAGAACAAAAUGUUGCACUAAGUUCAAAUGAAAAGAAAACAGGAAAUGCUUUAAAAAUUGAAACAACAGAAUUCGAUUCAACUUCCAAAAUUUUCCAAAAGGAAACCCAAACUGAGACUGAAGAAGAUGAUCAUGAAUCAGACUAUUUAGGUGGGAUGAUGAAAAUAUCCCAGUUAUCUCAAGAGCUUACUCAAAAGAAUGAUUAUUUAGAAAAAUCAGAAAAUAUUAUACUUCAGCUUAAAUAAAGAAGUGAAGACCCAAAAAGAGGAACUAUCCAACCACAACUCAAUUGUUAGUACAUUGAAAGAGGAAAUAAUUACAUUAAAGGCUGACAGAGAUGACUUAAAUUCUCAAAUGGCUGAAUAUAAAAACAACAAUUCCUUCUUAGAAUUAGAAAACAAGAUGCUAUCUGAGCAAAAGGCAAAAAUAGAAUCUAUUUGUCCUGAUUUUGAUUUAAAUAAUAUUUCAAUAGUAAAGAAAGAAGAAUAUCUUAUUCUCAAAAACAUAUGCAAAGAUUAUAUCCAACUUUCUAAAGUUCAAAAAUCUCAUGAAUUAAAGCAUAUGAUGAGAAACGAUCCCUCUAUUAUUGGGAAGAGGAAUAAGAAAGCUCAAGAAUCUAAACUUGAAGAAAGAAAGCAACAAGAAGAUAAAUGCAAGCUAUUAGAAGAAAAAUAUGAGGAAGUAGUAAUGGAAAGAAAUCAACUAAGAAAUUUUAAAAUUAGUCAAUGCAAAGAUUUUGAAAAAAUGAGGAAGAAAAUUGCUUAUCUCCAAAAACUAAAUGAAAAGCAACGGAUGUUGAACAAAUCUACAAAUAAAAAGAGCUCAGAUAUUAUCAGCAGAAACAAUUCAGAUAGCGACUUAGAUUUCGACCCUACCUCUACUUUGCCAAACAUAGCUCUUUCUGAAGAGGGAGACCCUAAUUAUGAUCUACGUAUUGGUGAAAGCAUGAUGACUUCUCCUUCUGAUGAUCAAAUUCAAAUAAAUCACUCUCUGCGUGCUGAGUUAGAAGACUAUAGAUUAAAGCUAGAACAGUCCGAUCAAAUCCUUGAGGAAUAUAAGCAGGUUCUUCUUGACGAAGUCAGGAAGAAGAAUGACUUAAAGAAAGAACUCAAGCAUCUGAAACUCCUGCAAGAGUAUGGCUACGAUGAAGAAGAACUAAGUCUUGGUCAACUUAGAAUGAAGAUGGAUGAUAUGAAGAUCCUCUUGCAAGAGAAGAACUUGCAAUUAGCCGCUCAAAAAGAUGUAAAUAAACAACUUAUUGAAAAACUAAAUGAGAAAGCAUCCCAAUAAUAUUUUAGCUCUUUCAAUCCUACUUCA